AUGGGGAGAUCACCAUAUUCAGAUGGGAAUGGGGUGAAGAAGGGGCCAUGGACGCCAGAAGAAGACAAGAAACUUAUAGAGUACAUUGAGGAACAUGGACAUGGCAGCUGGAGAGCUCUCCCAAAGCUUGCUGGUUUGAAUCGAUGUGGGAAGAGUUGCAGACUUAGGUGGACCAAUUAUCUCAGACCUGAUAUCAAAAGAGGAAAGUUCUCUGAAGACGAAGAGAAAACCAUCAUCAAUCUCCAUUCCGUUUUAGGAAACAAGUGGUCGGCAAUAGCAACUCAUCUUCCAGGAAGGACCGAUAACGAAAUCAAAAACUUUUGGAAUACUCAUCUUAAGAAAAAGCUUCUAAAGAAAAGUGUAUCAUCAUCAUGUGGGUACGGUGUAUUGUGGAAAAACUUGUGA